CACCAUGCAACCAGGCUGUAAAGAAGGAAUACUUUCAAGCCCCCUUGUCAGCGGAGCUAUAAGGUGAACUGCAGGAAGAACUCAGCCCUGUACACGUGGGGCAGAGCCAGCAGAGAGGCCAGCGUUGUGGCUCUGUGCAGCCCACAAGAGGAUGUCUCCCAGCCUUCAGGAAGGUGCUCGACUUGGGGAAAGCAAACCCUCACCCUGCUCCUUUUCAAUUGAGAGCAUCUUAGGACUGGACCAGAAGAAAGACUGUGUUCCAUCAGUGAAACCCCACAGGCCCUGGGCAGACACCUGCAGCCCCUCAGGGAAAGAUGGUAAUCUGUGUUUACAUGUCCCGAGUCUUCCCAAUGGGAUUGCAUUCCCUUGUAUUGUGGACCACCCAAUGCCAGAAGAAAGAGCUUUGAAAUAUGAAAAUUACUUUUCAGCCUCGGAAAGACUGUCUUUGAAAAGAGAGUUGAGUUGGUAUAGAGGCCGAAGACCCAGAACUGCUUUUACUCAAAACCAGAUUGAAGUGUUGGAAAAUGUCUUUAGAGUAAACUGCUAUCCUGGCAUUGAUAUCAGAGAAGACUUAGCCCGAAAAUUGAAUCUAGAGGAAGAUAGAAUCCAGAUUUGGUUCCAAAAUCGGCGUGCAAAGCUGAAAAGGUCCCAUAGAGAAUCACAGUUUAUAAUGGAAAAAAAUUUCAACACAAACUUCCUGGAAUAGAUAGAAAACUAAACAUGUGAAAUUAUCUUCUAAUUGCAGAGCAUGACAAAUCAAUGGAAGGAAAUAUCAAGUGUUGAAAAUGUGAUUUUUUUUUUCUUUCCUGCAUUUAAUCUGAAUAUUAUCAUUUUUUUCUUAAAAUACAUUGUAAAUACUAUUAUAGCAUGACACAUAUUCUAUUUGGGCACUUUUAGUUACAGUAAAGACUUUUCCUAUAUAUUUUAAUAAACAUUUUCAGAAAAGAUGCCUAUUUUUUAAGUGAGCAGUUAAUCUAAUAAAUUAGUUUGCUAAAAUCAA